CUGCGCGGAGCCGGGUGCCCCUCCCGUUCCGCGCCAGGGACGCCGCCGGGCCCGCUCCGGCCCCGGGCCCCGCGCGCAGCGAGCCGGGCACGGAGGACUGCGGCCGGCGGCAUGGCAGCCUCAGGGAUGCUUGUAGGAUGCGACAUCCUCAUCGUUUACAGCUCGGAUGCUGAGGAAUGGUGCCAGUACCUCCAGGACCUUUUCCUGUCCAGUCGGCAGGUCCAUAACCAGAAGAUGCUGACUUAUAGGCUGGGCCCCAAGACCUCCUUCUCAGCCGAGGACCUGAGCUUCUUUCUCCGCACACGCUGCAUCGUGGUGCUGCUGUCUGCAGAGCUGGUGCAGUGCUUCUGCCAGCCGGCCCUGCUGCCCCUGCUGCAGAGAGCCUUCCAUCCUCCACACCGCGUGGUGCGCCUGCUCUGCGGGGUGCCCGACAGCGAGGAGUUUCUGGACUUCUUUCCAGACUGGGCACACUGGCAGGAGCUCACCUGUGACGAUGAACCUGAGACUUACGUGGCAGCUGUGAGGAAGGCCAUUUCUGAAGAUUCUGGCUGCGACUCAGUCACUGACACCGAGACCGAGGACGAGAAGAUCCUUCCCUACUCGGAGCAGCAGAGCCUGCCACCGAAGACUUCACCUGGGAACCUGAUGGUGGUGCAGCCGGACCGCAUCCGCUGUGGGGCAGAAACCACUGUCUACGUCAUUGUGAGAUGUAAGCUGGAUGAGAGGGUGACAACAGAAGCCGAAUUUUCUCCUGAGGAUUCUCCCUCGAUAAGGGUGGAAGCCAAGCUGGAGAAUGAGUACACCGUUUCCAUGAAAGCUCCCAACCUUUCAUCUGGGAAUGUUUCUCUGAAGAUAUAUUCUGGGGAUUUAGUGGUGUGCGAAACCAUUAUCAGCUAUUAUACUGACAUGGAGGAAAUUGGGAAUUUAUUGUCCAAUGCUGCAAAUCCCGUGGAGUUCAUGUGUCAGGCCUUUAAAAUUGUGCCCUACAACACAGAGACCCUUGAUAAACUGCUAACAGAGUCCCUAAAGAACAACAUCCCUGCAAGUGGGCUGCACCUCUUUGGAAUCAACCAGCUGGAAGAGGAAGAUAUGAUGACAAAUCAGAGGGAUGAAGAGCUGCCCACUUUGUUGCACUUUGCUGCCAAGUAUGGACUGAAGAAUCUCACUGCCUUGUUGCUCACCUGCCCAGGAGCCCUACAGGCCUACAGUGUGGCCAACAAGCACGGCCACUACCCCAACACCAUUGCCGAGAAGCACGGCUUCCGGGACCUGCGGCAGUUCAUCGACGAGUAUGUGGAAACUGUGGACAUGCUGAAGAGUCACAUUAAAGAGGAACUGAUGCAAGGGGAGGAGGCUGACGCUGUGUAUGAGUCCAUGGCCCACCUUUCCACAGACCUGCUCAUGAAGUGCUCCCUCAACCCCGGCUGUGACGAGGACCUGUAUGAGUCCAUGGUGGCCUUUGUCCCAGCUGCCACCGAGGACCUCUAUGUUGAAAUGCUUCAGGCCAGUACAUCUAAUCCAAUCCCUGGAGAUGGUUUCUCUCGGACCACUAAGGAUUCUAUGAUCCGCAAGUUUUUAGAAGGCAACAGCGUGAGAAUGUCCAGUUUGGAGAGGGAGGUACACCAUCUUGGUCAGGAAGAAGAUGUUUAUCACACAGUGGAUGAUGAUGAGGCCUUUUCCUUGGACUUGGCCAACAGGCCCCCUGUCCCAGUGCCCAGGCCAGAGGCCAGUGCUUCUGGCACUCACCAGCUGUCUGACAAUGAACCAUACAUUUCUAAAGUUUUUGCAGAAAAAAGUCAAGAGCGGCCUGAGAAUUUCUACGUUACCUCAGAGAGCAUCAGGAAAGAGCCACCUGUCAGACCCUGGAGGGACAGGCCUCAGUCAAGCGUGUAUGACCCAUUUGCUGGGAUGAAAACUCCAGGCCAGCGGCAGCUUAUUACCCUCCAGGAGCAGGUGAAGCUGGGCAUCGUCAACGUGGAUGAGGCCGUGCUCCACUUCAAAGAGUGGCAGCUCAACCAGAAGAAGCGGUCUGAGUCCUUUCGUUUCCAGCAGGAAAAUCUUAAACGGCUAAGAGAUAGCAUCACCCGAAGACAGAGAGAGAAGCAAAAAUCAGGAAAGCAGACAGACUUGGAGAUCACCGUCCCAAUUCGGCACUCACAGCACCUGCCAGGGAAAGUGGAGUUUGGAGUCUAUGAGAGUGGCCCCAGGAAAAGCGUCUUUCCCCCAAGGACAGAGCUAAGACGAGGAGACUGGAAAACAGACAGUACCUCCAGCACAGCAAGCAGCGCGAGUAACCGAUCCAGCACCCGGAGCCUCCUCAGUGUGAGCAGCGGGAUGGAGGCGGACAACGAGGAUAAUGAAGCCCCCGAGGUUACCAGAAGUCGUAGUCCAGGCCCCCCACAAGUGGACAGCACACCCAUCGUGCCCCUUGAGAGGCCCCCCAGGGUGCCGCCCCGAGCUGCCUCACAGAGGCCUCCAACCAGGGAGACCUUCCAUCCUCCUCCACCUGUUCCACCCAGAGGUCGCUGAUUCUACCUCCUAAAGCCUGCCUACUUCAGGACCUUGAGACUUGUGGUUUUCAGCCUGUUAAUGAUGUCUUCAUGUUGAGUUUUAUGGCCUGACUGCUGACCUUAAGACCCAAUCUCAUUGCUGAUAUUGUUGCGGCCCUGCUGGUCUGGGCUUUCCUUGAAGAAGAUAUUAUUAAGGCACAAAGAGAUGAAACUAAGGACUUCAUUCACCAUCAUCAAGUAUAUUGAUCCCUAUUCUUGUUUGCCAAGAGGAUGACGACUUAAUUGGAAUACUUACCUCUAAUUUGGCAUGUCAGGAGCCUGAAAAGAUUGUUCAGAAAUGUACAUUACAAGUGAUUUUACUGAAAUGCACUUAUAUUAGGUCUUACUUAUUUGCUAGUCCAAUCUAAUUUCUAGAAGUGAUUAUGAUUUGACUUACAGUAUCCAAGUAAGAAGAUAUGUACUAAUUUUUAAAUGAUUCUUCAGCUUUUCUGUAGCUUCAGGAGGGUGUUUAAAUGCCAGGGCUGGUCACAUACAACAAACUCAAAAGGACUUUAGAGAGGGAUUAGUCCUAACUCCUUUUAUAUAGAAGGCAAAUCUGAGGUUUCACAGAAGCCUGGAACCAAGAAUACUCAGUUGGUUAGAGGAAGAGGUGGGUCUAGAAUCAGGACCUGCUGAUUCCAGGUCACCAUACUUUCCAUCUCCAAAUAGCCAAGCUCUCUCCCUCAAGAAAUGCCCAGAUGUAGAAAUUUGGUCAGUGACUGACUAUUGGCCUUCCAGAAGUUUCCUCCUUCCAUAUCUCCCAGGUAUGGGACUAUCAAGUAUUUGGAGCAUUUAUAAUUCAGUAUGCUUGCAAAACAGUGAUGCUACCAAAGAACAUCUAAAAAAUGGUUGGGAACCAGAAGCUUGGGAUGCCAGGGACCCCACUUAUUGCUCUGCACCCUUAGAUGCAGAGCAGUAGAUCUUAGUUCUGGCCAUAGGAGAGAGGAGGACCUUCGACUUUUACUCUGCUGAGGGGUCAGAAGAAGAAGGAGGAACUUAAAAUAGAAAUAGUUAUCUAUUUCAUUAUAUACACGUUAUUACCACCAGGCUUGGGAAAUUUGUGCAGAGAAUGUAGAGCCUUAAACAUAUCAUUAAUUUUGAGUCCCUAGCACAUAAAUCUACCUUCAAAGCACAGGCCCUUAAUUGAUGCUUAAACAUACAGUAAAAUUAGUAUCAGACCUAUUUCUUUAAAAAUUGUCAGAAAUCUGGUGCUUCUCGAUGAAAUUAUUCUCCAUCCCACACAAAGAUAUAAAAGACAUACUAUUAAAGAUCCAUUUAAGUACAGUUUUAUUGGGUCCUUUUGUAAUGAUUAAUGGUUCUUUUUCAGUCAAAUUCCUCAGUCCAGCAAACAAGGACUUAUUGAAGUUAAUAGCUUCUGAGAUCUUGGGUUUUUGUUUUUCUGUUUUUUUUGUUUUGUUUUGUUUUUUCCUGACAUAAAAUACACUAUUGGCGCUGGCCAUUAAGAGAGUAUUUGUGGAAAUUUUACCUACCACAAUGCCUGGCACAUAGUAGCCAUUUUGCAAUAGUCCCUUUGCUCUCCUUGUCACUUAUCUGGGAGAAAUAGGGUAAUAUGAGAUAAAAGGAGAACAAGAAAUACAAGGUUGGUAUGGUUAUCCUUCCCCUUAUUGAUAGUCUCUGUUUUAAGUACAUUUGAUCUUGAUAAAAGCUAUACUUUUAAAGAUAUUUAGUACCUCUAAGCUCCCUUUUGGAUGCGAAAUUUAGAUUUUUUUUUUUUUACAUUCUUUGAUUAACAAGCAUUUAGAUCAGUAACAUGGCAAAACCUACUGCCAGCCAAUGGUGUUACCAUCUUUGUAUGCACAUCACUGUGCAAUAUUGGAAUAUUUUAUUGCAUUUUUAUUCUUAUAUGAAAAUAAGUGGAAAACAUAAAAUUGAAAGUGCUUAUGAGAUACCUGGGUUUCAUAAAUGUGACACACACUUGAGACACAGAAGGAAAUGAUCAGGAGUGCCAAGUCAAAAUGACAAGUCUUAAAUCCUCAUUGAAUGUUCACUGAACAUCCAAAAUGAUUGGUUGUGUGUAAAAGUAAAAGAGGAAAAUGAAAAAUUUGGAUGAAACACUGGGACCACGUUAUCAAAGAAUGUCUCUAAUGCCCGGGUGAAAUUUUUCAUUCUCUAGAAACAGAACCAUCCAUUAUAAUGUAAAUUUAUUCAGCUUCCACACACUCAACUUUUGUAUACAUUUUUAGGAAUACAUUAUGUAACAAAACCAUGAAUUUAAAUACAAUGAGAAUCAGAAACUAAAUUGUAGCUAGGUGUCAAAAGAGACAGUUAAAAAGUUCUCUAUAUGAUGCCUUGGGAGACAGCUGUGCGGCCACCAUCCUGCCCCAAGAUUUUACAAACUGGCUCAAUAGACAGU